CCCACUCUUACUCCGUAGCACUCUAGUCAGGUUCGACGUCGGCAGCCAUGCUCAAUUUGAUCACGAUGAAGGGUGUAUCGGAUGGUAGUUCUAACCAAACACGGAUGUAUGAGCUUUGCUCAGCCACUGGUCCACCAAUGCGCAGUCUUGCCAAGUUACGUCCGAUUGUCGCCAAACAGUGAUGACACAGCAAAUCACUAGGUCAUGGCCCAACUUCCUCACUCACCAUACAAUCCGUUCUUGUCCCGCGCAGAAGUAGCCCCGACUCCGACCGGGGCGAGCUAUCAACCACCCCCAGGCCCGCCUCCCCCUGGUGGCUCUCAAGUCCACACAGCAGCACCAUCAUCCUCUGGCCCCGUACAUGCCGAAUCAACACCAGCUUCGUCCAACUCGGACGCAAGUCUCGAGCUGUUGAGCGAGGAUAUGCCUCCAGCGUACACUCUCGGGCCUGACAUCUACCAGGGCGAAAGAUCUCUUGAAUAUGGGCCUGCUCGCCCGUUCCAGCCCCCGCCGCCGCAGCCUCAACUGACUGCCGGAAUGUACUCUCAUCCACCUGGGCAGCAGCAUCAGCAAUAUCACCCUCCUCCUCCCCACGGCUGGUCCGGCCCUGCGCUUCAGUAUCCGCCCCCUCCCAUGCAUCCAUCGCAAGCGCCACCCGGGCCGAUAUCGGAUUUCGCGCGAGAUUUUUACGCCUCGGGCGCAGGUCCUUCGACUUCGGGCAAUCAACAGCAGCAUGCGCCACCUCCUGGACCUCCUUCGCUGCAGCAGCAAUAUGCACCACCUCCCGGCCCUCCGCCUGUAGAACAGAAAGUGCCAUCAGCACCUGAUGACCAGCGACCGACCACCAUGCCCACACCUGGGCACCCGUUGCUUAGAAACGGGAAGACGUUGGUAUAUCCACGGGGAUAUCAAUGUCACAAGUGCAGCAAUUCGGGAUACAAGAACUUCGACCCGACUCGACCUUGUUCGAAAUGCUGGGAUCAUUAUGCGCGACCCUACGCUGGCGCUCUCGUCUAUGCCCCGGAUGCUUCCUCCGGAUCAUCGCAGUCGACGAAUCUACAACGUCCCCUACCGGUGCGGAUCACCAAUUCACUGCCCCCAGCGAUCCGCCCCCAAGGAUCCUAUCCUGUACAAACGAUGUACAGUUCGAUGCCGACGAUGAUGUACCCGACCGGACCGCCGCCAGGGGCUGUAGUCUACUCCCCAGGAGACACCCGGUUGGGGGGUCAGCGCUGUUUCCGAUGUGAUGGCAGGGGAGUGAACACUAUCUUACUGGUGGACGUCCCUUGUAAUCAGUGUCAUGGAGUCGGCAGGGUCUAUUCUUGACCCUGCAUCCAAUCCAAACAUCCAAUUCA